CUGUCGCAUCACAGCUCCGGAGGCUGAGGGCAUGCAUCCCCACCACCACCACCGGAACCACCGGAGCGUCCAUGCACGGACAUCCCGGAUGAUCCUGACCUGCUAGAAGUGUGGAUACCGUCUUCGAUACCGUCUUCUUCCGGCAUUUGUGACAUAUCAGUCAGACCCAAGUCCGAAGCCGACCGGAUAAACAGACCGCUUCUCUGUCUUUGGACGCCGAACCUUUCUUCCCUUCCUUCCCCGUUUUAUGUGAGCCGUGACCCGCCCGCAAAAGCAGCAGCAGCAACAGCAGCAACAGCAGCAGCGGGUCCGAGGAGAGAGCGCCAACAAGUCCGCCAAUGCGCGGGCCCUGCUGCUGAAUUCGUCCGCGUGCGAGCACCGUAGUCCGGCCGAGCCAUGGUCCACUGCGCCGGGUGCGAGAGGCCCAUCCUGGACCGUUUUCUGCUCAACGUUCUGGACCGAGCCUGGCACGUCAAGUGCGUGCAGUGCUGCGACUGCAAGUGCAAUUUGACGGAGAAGUGCUUUUCUCGGGAGGGGAGACUUUACUGCAAAAACGACUUCUUUAGGCGGUUCGGCACCAAGUGCGGCGGGUGCUCGCAGGGCAUCUCCCCCAGCGACCUGGUCCGCAGGGCCCGCAGCAAAGUGUUCCACCUCAACUGCUUCACCUGCAUGAUGUGCAACAAGCAGCUCUCCACCGGCGAGGAGCUCUACAUCAUCGACGAGAACAAGUUCGUCUGCAAGGACGAUUACGUCAGCAGCGCCAGCGUCAAAGACGUCAACCUCCUCUCAGUCACGACCUGCAGUGACCCGAGUCUAUCCCCAGACUCUCAGGACCCCCUCCAGGAUGACGUGGUCCUAAAGGACACGGAGAUCGCCGCCCUCUCGGAUAAGGAAACUGUAAAUAAUGAAAACGACGACCAGAAUCUGGGUGGCAAGCGACGCGGCCCGCGGACGACCAUCAAGGCCAAGCAGCUGGAGACGCUGAAGGCGGCGUUUGCUGCCACCCCCAAACCCACCAGACACAUCAGGGAGCAACUGGCACAGGAGACCGGUCUCAACAUGAGGGUCAUCCAGGUCUGGUUCCAGAACCGGCGUUCCAAAGAGAGGCGCAUGAAGCAGCUGAGUGCACUGGGAGCUCGGAGGCAUGCGUUUUUCAGGAGCCCAAGGCGGAUGAGGACGCUGGUGGACCGCUUGGAACCUGGAGAGCUUAUCCCCAACGGGCCUUUCUCUUACUACGGAGAUUAUCAAAGUGAAUAUUACGGUCCAGGAGGGAACUAUGACUUCUUUCCUCAGGGGCCACCUUCAUCGCAAGCCCAGACCCCAGUUGAUCUCCCCUUUGUGCCCUCUUCAGGCCCCACGGGCACGCCCCUGGGAGGUAUGGACCACCCCCUUCCGGGCCACCAUCCGUCCAGCGAAGUGCAGCGCUUUUCCGAUAUUAUGUCCCACCACCCUGGGGACUCUCCCAGCCCAGAGCCCGGCAUCCCGGGGACCCUGCACAGUAUGUCCUCCGAGGUGUUUGGCCCGAGCCCGCCCUUUACCUCGCUGUCUCUGAACGCCAACGGAUACAGCAACCAUUUGUCACAUCCGCCCACAGAAAUGAACGAGGCCACUGUGUGGUAGCGCUCCGGCAGACUGGACUCUUAGGACCUGGGGGUUCUGGCCUUGUGGGCUGGAUUAAGACACGGAUACCAACAGGGUUUGGUCCAUACCACGGAAACAGUUUUUCUAUCAUUUCUUAUUUAUUAUUUAUUGACACUAACCCAAGAUCGGACAUGACGGCCUUCAUCUCCCUUUCUUUGUGCACAUUGUUGUCACUUCAGGUUUGAGGCUUUGUUUCAUCACAAAAUGAUGUCACUGAUGGCGCUGGGCGGGACUACAGCCUUCCUUCAGAGAUUAGUCGGACUUCUUAAGUCAGGGUGUCCAAAGUGCAGCCCGGGGGCCAUUCUAAAAAUUACACUUUAACAAUAAAGUUAAAAAUAAACAAACCGAGAAAAGCAGAAAAGCAAAGGUUGUAAUCUGCAAUUAGUUUCUUGUCAUUUUACAAGAAUAAAUAUUAUACAAAAUUUAGUAGUAAAUUUUAUAUAGUAGUCAUAGUACUAAUAUUCGUAAUUUUAGUAGCAUAAAGUUGACAUAUUUUUUUUUUUUAACUGAAAUGUUAUGAGAAAUACACAAAACAUUAAAUAAAGUUGUAAUUUGUGGAAAAUUAGGUUGCAAAAAAUGAUAACAUCACAAGAAUAAACUUAAAAUAUUCGGGCAAUAAAGUCAUAAUUAUAAAAAGAACAUUUACAAGAAGAAAGUUGAAAUAGUUGGAAAAUUAAAAAAAAACAACAACAACAGCAUAAAUGGACAAAAACAAGAAUAAAGUAAAAAAGAGUAUGAGAAUUUUUUUUCGAUUCCACCCAGAAAAAAUUGUCAACUUUUAAAAAUAAAAAAGUCAAAAUAUUAUGGCAAUACUAACUAAUGUAUUUCAUGUAUUUGUAAAAGAAAUAAAUGAAUAAUUACGAGAAUAAAGUUUACAAGAGGAAAUGUAAAAUGGUUGGAAAAGGGAAAAAAAGGGUUUGAAUGAUUUUAAGAGAAUACAAAGAGAAAAAAGUCAAUUUUUGUAGCAUAGUGUUGAAAUACUAAAGGAAAAAUGAUCAUAAUAACAUUAUUUAGAAAAACAACAAAUAAAGUUGUAAAUUUUGGAGAAUUUGUCAUAAUAUUAUGUGUUGACAUUUUGAAAAAUUAAAACCAAAACAAUGAGAAAAAAGGGAAAAAAAGAGCAAAGAUUGAAGCUGAUCUUAAUAACAGGCCUUUUUCACACUCUUUAAGAUGCACUUUUUUUUUAAAUAUAUAAUGUCUAACUUCUUAGCGCAUCUUGACAAAAUAUCCAAGUGACAAAGUUACACGCUUUAAUUUUCACCUUAUGGCCCUCGCUGGUAGAAAACAUUUGGAGACCCAAAAGCACAAGAAGAAAAACGUGUUUCGUCUUUGGAUGCAGAUAUGGAGAAAAAAAACGUGUCAUAAAGUCAAAGUCCAAAAAAUGUUUAAAAAAAUCAAAGGAUGGUGCAGGGGCGUGGCAAAAAGCACCGUAAAGAAAGGGCAACAAGGCACUAAUGAAGUAAAAAUGACAGAAGUAAAAUAAUUCAAAACCGGAAGCAGAUCAAGUAUGACGAGCCGGACGCCAAAAGAACGGCUGCCGACGUGCUUGGUGGUCCCACCCAGCGCCUGAAGUUCCGCCAACUGCCGAUGAAACAAAGCACAAAACAGGAAAAUUGCCGAGUGGAAACAGGAAAUAACGGCAAUAAAAGCUAGCGACUUAGCUUAGUGACCAAACACUCAUCGUCAGAGCGUGAGAAGAAGACGUUUCAACAUCCCUUGUACGUCCUCCUGUCAAAGACGUGAAUAGCUUUACGCACACAUCACAACAAUCCGGCCAAAGGUUGCUUGUGCGCCAAACUGAGCAGCGUUCAGACUUUGUAUUUUAUUGUAUUUAUUCACGAGUCCCUCCCUCGGACUGCCAUAUUGACACUGAAGGUCUCUGAAGGUCAGUGGGAAUGACACUGUCCUCGCUCUGGGCUUUUUCUUUUUGUGUUGUUUUUUUUUUUUUUGGUGUGAAUGUCCACCAAAUCUGUGGAAAGCCGCCUUCAAAAGGCAAACAAUGGACUGCAAACCCUUUAUUUCACAUGGAACUCAACUUGAAUUGUUUCAAUGAAGUCUACCUUCUAAAAAAAAAAAAAAAUCUCCCACUGGAGUUGAAAAUGGGACUUAGAACAGUCGACUGUUUACGUGAUCUCUAUAAAAUUCAGGAGUCCAGAAGAGCGUGUUUUAGAAGCCUGUCCACAUAAAAUGUUCCAAGCAACCAACCAAACUUUUGUAUUGAUUUCAUUUCUUUUGUAUGAAGAAGAUACACUCGCCGGGGUUUUGCUUCACUGUGCUAGUUUGUACAAAAUGUUGUUUACAGAAAAAAAAAACAAAAAAAAAGUUGAACAAUGAAUCGAGCAGAGUAGUUGCCAAAUAAAAGAAUAGCACAAAUAUUGUUACAUCAUCAUGUGCAGAAUGUCACAAAUUGUGUUGGAAGGCAAACUUUUAUGACGCUGACGGUGCAUUCAUAAAACUCUUCAUGUGACAUCCCGAGCCCGCUUUUAUUUUUGUGUCUCCAAAGGAGUGAAGAUCCAAACAAUUCAAGCUCUGACGGAAGAACAUGGAAGCUGCUACCUUCAUGAGCAGUGAUAGUUUCACAAAAACUAUUGAUCAGGAAAAUACAAAUACUGAAUACAUGAGACGAGAUGAUUUUAACAUUACUUUCAAGAAAAGUACUAGGAAAAAUAUAUGACAAGAUAUUGCACUCUAUUCAUUUCAUUUCUACUAUGUUACACUCUGUGUGUAUGCUAGCGGCCCCGCCUCCACCCACCGAGACAAAGAGACUGUAUGACUGACAAAAAGGUUCCAUGCCGUUGUUCUAUGGAACAUAGAACACAUCAACACCUCUCUCCGACCUAUCCUUGGAGCAACACUUCCUCAUUCUCACCACACUCCCACAAGGUGCAUUCAGGAACGCUCCUAUAAUCAUAACAAUGUCUUCAUUAUGUGUGUAUGUGUGGUCUAAAUAA